AUGCAUCCGCCAUUGGAACUUCUCGCAAAUCCAACAGGCGAACUUUCCAUUGCUUUCCCAACACGCAAUCGGCGUUUACCUCCGAAAGAGCGCUCACGCAGGGCGCUCGCUGUGGCACCUGUCAUUGCCAAAUCCCGGCAUAUCACAGGACGCAACUCCCAACGUCAAGCUCAAUCUGAAUUCUCCAAACCGGAACAGCGACCGAGCCAUCUCAACUCAACAAACACCGAGAUUGGACAUGCAACCUUGACCUUUAACGGCAUUAAAUCAAAUCGAUACAAUCUCCGUCCAAACAGACCCACAAUCUUUGCAGAGCGAAAACCACGAUAUAUGGUUGACCGCGUCCGAUUCCCUCACUUCUUCGAAUCUUAUAGCAACCAUCUCAAGCCAUACGACCUACCCGACAGUGAAUACGUCCCUCCAUCGCAUACACCUACCCCAAGCUCGUCGGAGUAUUCCCACUCCAUCAAUUCUAGUCAACCGAGCGAGGCCUCGAGCUUAGACCUAUUUGGUCUGGAGCCUCGAUCUCCUGAACCAUCAAACCACACUCCUUCUGUCCACUCAAUUCGCUCAAGUAGCUCGUCAAGUGCCGAAUUCUUUAGCACCGAAGAGCCCUGA